CACGAUGUCGUAAAUGGGAUUGGUCCAUAUUUGGACAUUACGUUUCAACAUUAUUAUAAUGACAAUGAGGCGUCUAUUCAGGUUGUAUUUACUUGUUGGUGUUACAUGUUUGCUAGGUGAAGAUAAGCUAUGUCUAGGCUCAUCUAUUAUUGAAGGAAAAAAACUACCGAAUCUCCCUUUGAAAUAUCAAAGUAAAUUGACAGUUACUUUCCCCAUCAAAAGUGUGACAAUUUCUGUAACAGACGCUGCCAGUCUAUUGGAUAAUAUAGGAGCAUUGGAAUAUACAUAUGCUGGGUUUACCUAUAAGAAAAUACUGAAUUAUGGCAUCGAAGAGACGCUUACUCUUAAUAUGGACACAGGAGAUUGUACUGCAUCCGUUCUGAACAAUACAUUCACUGGCAUAGAGCUAGGUGACCACAUAGUAGCACUGCCAUUAUUCGAAUUACUAGCAAAAGUAAGGAACGCUUCAGCGUACACCGGAGUGUCAUCUGUUAAAGGGAUUAAAGUCGAUGGAUGGCUGUCUAAUAUUGAAUUGAUGUCAGAUGGGGAAAUCCAACGUUUUGAUGUCAGUUUGUUUUAUACACAUGAGAGUUGGGAUGUGGGAUUGAAAAAUUCCGUUCAGCUACCAGUACGUAUAACCUUGACCAAUCACAGCGACACGGCCAGCAGCAACACAAGUAACGCGGAACAGAUUUAUGACAUAACACACUAUGAAGAAGACAUAACAGAAGCUGAGAAACGAGAACUUUUUCAGACACCCUCUAGAGUUGUAUGCAAACAUAGGAAGAACACUAUGGAGCUGCCACCCAUUCCCCAAUUUUUCAGCUAUAGAUCAGAAGUUGUCAUUCCACAUAUGAAAGUGAUUGGAUAUGUCAGUAGAUGGUAUGAUUAUACACGGAACCUUGUGUACCAGAACUACAAGCCAACCCCUGUAGGUAUCAUACCAUAUGGUUAUAAUCCACUGAAGAACAUAGAUGAUUUUAACACAGGACUAAGCUACACAAUAGACCCACAGCUAGGGAAUUGCACUGUUGCCCAAAUCUAUAGAUUUGGAUAUGACGCUAUGCCAGUGGGGAACCAAAUACUAACAAGGAUAAAGACACCGGGAGAGUUCCUGUUUCUGAAUGAAGAGGGCGGCACAUAUACCUAUAUCGGCAAGAGGUUGAUUCGAGGAGUCGAUUGUGACGUGUGGAUAUCCGAGAGAAAUGAUUGGCCACGACCAGGUCAACAGUUCAAUACAACAUUUGAGUGGGCAUUUACUGAGAGAGGUUGGAAUAUUAGCAGUGGAAACAUCUACCAAGAACAGACCCCAAUGAUGAUGCAGAUUUUUUUUGGUCCAUUUCAAACAAUAUAUAACUAUUUGGAGUUUAACAAGGAGCAGCCGUCGAUAUGGGAUUAUGACAUCACCAUAUGUUAUGACUACACAAAGAAAACCAGAGUGAGGCUUAUUAUGACAGGAGACAAAGUGUCCCUUGUGGAGGGGGAUGACAUAAGGUUUAAGAAUACAGUGUUGGAGACUGUAGUGAACUCAACAGGUGUUUCCCCCAUCAGAGUAACGGAUGUACAGAUUGAGACGAGUGCCUAUAGUAUCUAUGUUGCUAUGACGUUGCUCGAGAAAGCACACAUGCCGGGAAAUGUGGCGAACCCUGAAAAGGAGGAACCUCUAGAUGUAGUGGUUGACAAACUGAGCCAGCUCAUUAUGGAGGGGGAAUUUAAAGUCACUGUUCCGAUCAAUAUACCUCCUUAUGACAUGGUCACCCUUUAUGCAUAUCCCCUACCAGUGACUGUGUGUAAUGUUACGCUACCAACGAACGCAACCACAACUCCUCAAACUAUCCAACCAGUUAACCAAAAUGUGUCACCAGGUGUUUGUGUUGCAAUAGCUAUCGCCUCAGCAAUAAUAGGAGCUUUGCUUCCAAUUCUCAUCCAUGCUGCAUUUAAAUACUUCAAAUGUCGUCAAGCAAACGACCAAUUCCAUCACGUACGUUUCAAUAGUGACUCUGAUAGUGUUAAAGCUGAUCAUGGGACAUUUGGGAGGCCUAUAAAGAGAGGGCCUGAGCGUGGAUCGCUGAGUGAUAUGCCACUAUCGCAGUCGUAUCAGAGACCUCACCAGCAGAGCCUUGAUAGCAUGGAUAGUAGGACAGACCCAGCACAGAUUGGCGUCAAUAUGAAUAAAUGAUCAUGAUAAAGUAAUAGAGUUUGAAUAUAGGCGAGGUAUAUUUUGAUAGGCGAAUCAAAAAGAGCAUAUACGACCAUUGUUGCCACUUGGGGUCCGUUUAAUUUCGAGAGUUUGUGAGCAUGUACGAAUAGUUUGUGGUAAACCAACAAGUCAAUCUGAUAUUCACCACGUCUUUCUGCUUUAUGAAAUAUGCCUCUUGACCCAUUUGAAUACUCUUUAUUUGACAGCGUAUAAUUACGUUCUGGAAUUUCAUGUAAAUAUAUGUAAAUAUGAUUUUAUGUAUCAUUAAAGGGGUCUUGAAACAAAUCCA